AUGGAGAUUGCUUUACUGUGGAUAGAACCUUCCAAGACACAUCCGCAAAUCCCUAUACUGGAUGUCGCAACAGGACAGGUCACCUAUGACUACUCCAUUGGACUCAUGGUUGACAUUGACUACUAUGCGGGCUGUGAUGAUCCCACCGCCAAUACCUGCACCGUUCAGGUUCAUGGAUACGGAACCUGCCAGAGCUGCGAGGUGGACAGCACCCAGCAGGUCACACUCAUAGACUGCAGCAAUCUGGGCACGUCUAUCUUCUCCUCCUCUGGUCAGCAGCAAUUGGAGUUUGUGCAUGAGUCUAUUCCUGAGUAUGACCUCCAGUUCUUCCAGCUUUCUGAUGAAUGGAAUGGCUGCGACAGCGCCACCACAGGCCCCAGUGUUACCGUCUCCACCUUCCCGAGUCUAGUGCCGGUCUCUGAUGCCCCAAGCUUUGGUCCCAGCAGUAGUAUUUCCAACUUUCCGACCUCCAUCGCUUCAGUGGGGCCAUCCCACACCUAUGUGCCAACUUAUACUGGAACCUAUGUGUCUACGGCCUAUGCUACCUCGUCCAUGAUUUCAACUCUCUCCCUACCUGGCGAUGUCUCCCAAGGGGACUGCUUCACUGUGGAGCGAGUCUUCCAAGAUACGUCUGCCGAUGCUGGCACUGGAUGCCGUAAUGGGCAGGUCACUUACUCCUACUUGAGUGGAGUCACAAGUGUGGUGGAAAUCACUGUGGAUUACUUUGCCGAUUGUGAUGAUCGAACAGGGGAUAGCUGUACCAUUACUGUUAGUGGAGACUAUGGAGAGGGAAUCUGCAGCGGCUGUCACGUUGAUAGCCGCAACAUGGUGACUCUGCUGGACUGUACCGACGUUGACCCACCAGUGCUUGCCACUGGCCAGACGCAGAGUGUCGAGUUUGAGCAUGAUGUGACCCCUUCGUACGAUCUCCAGUUCUUUGGACUGGAAAUUGGUACGAGCCUGUGUGAUGAGUUGACAUCAGUGCCCACUUCUAUCGUGACCUACACACCUUCCCAGGCCUAUUCCCUAGGGCCUUCCAUGGCAGUCACUGGAUCGUCUAUGGUGACAGAUGUGGUGGCUGGUGAUCCAUCUGUGGGAGAUUGCUACCUCGUUGAACGGGAAAUCCAGAGUACUACCCCCCAUCCUACCACUGGAUGUGUUGUGACUGAGCUGGAGUAUCGCUAUGUCAAUGGAGAUGGAGCAGUCUAUGAGGUGGUUCAUGUUGACGCCGCUCAUGAUUGUGUCAACACUCCUGACACUUGUACAAUUUCAGUUGAAGGAAAGGGAGAGUGUGAUGGAUGCCUGUACAGCAUGGGAGAAGUGUCGUUGACUGACUGUAGCAACAUCCAACCCCCUGUCUUCCCAAGCGGCAGUCAGAGUGCAGAGUUUUUUUAUGAUGGCUCUCCUGAGUCUCCAUAUGACCUCAAAUUCCUGAACCUGGCAUACAACGAAGAACGAUGCCUCAACUUUGUGGACACAGAGAUUCCCAGUCAAGAACCUAACACUUCAGAGCCUACUGCUGUCCCUCUGACUUCUGUACCCUCUCCGACUUUGGUGCCAAUUAGUGAUGCUCCCUCUGGCAUUGUGCGAUCAGUGUCAGUUCCGGCUAUCUUGGAUUUUACCUUCUACCAAGGGACUACAGACACCAACCCAACACCUGAGGAUGUUGCAGCAAUUCUGGAUCAAGUUGAACUGUUCUACACGGAUGUCCUACAAGGGGCUCUUCCUGGUGUUGUUGAGUCAAUCCAGGCUAUCUUGAGCACUCCUGGGAGGCGGCACUUGAUGUCAGUUGACUAUUCUCUCCACUUUGAUCUCAUUGUUUCCUUCUUUGAUGGAGCUGGAGUUCUAUCUGAAGAUGAACUCAUUGAGGCAAUGAGUAAUGCCAACUACCUGGAUUUUGUGCAAUCCUAUGCAUGGACACUACAGAACUCUGUUUUCUAUGAUACCGAGCAUGUUGCCUUCAAGGACUUUCUGGGCAGUUUGUCCCCAUCCUACACCAUCCCACCUAUCAGCGAGGCUCCAUCCUACACCAUCCCGCUCAUCAGUGAGGCACCCUCAUACACCAUCCCACCAAUCAGUGAAGCACCCUCCGGCUUUGAUGAGCAGGGAAUAUGUGAUUUCCCACCAGAGCUGCCGAUUUGGGGUCUGAUCCAGCCUGCAACACCAGACCCUCUUGCCUAUAUGAACUUGUACCAUGGGGACCCGAGCCAGGGUGAAUGCUACAGUGUGAAGGCUGUGGAAACCUGGAACAAGAUGGCAACCGAUGAUGAGUUCUACUGCUGCACCAACAGUGGUAUGGUUUUCUCAUACUACAAUGGCGGAACAGACAUCUAUGGAGUGGACUCUGGGUAUGAGAUGGAGUCUUAUGAAACUGUUGAGGUUGUUGUGACCCAAGACUGUGGACAAAGAGGCCUUCCCCCAACCUGCAUUAUCAAUGUGGAGAACGUGGGUGAAUGUAGCUCCUGUUUGGUUGAUGAGUCAAGUGGCGAAGUCAUCAUGGAAGAUUGCAGCAAUCUGGGUGCUGUCUUCCCGCCUGGCCCCCUUUCGAUUGCCUGGUAUGGAUUCACUGAACCGGGUGAUGACCCAGGCAAUAACUUUUUCCCCUUGACCUACGAUGAAGACCACUGCAACCACCCAGUAUUUUCUGGUGCUGGACCAAGUGAUGCCCCCUCUGUUGAAUUCUCAGAUGCCCCCAGUGGAGUCAUCGAGUUUGGAGCAUGUGAGGCACCAGCAGACCAUUCCUUGUCAGCAGUUGGCAUCCCAGCUUCACCAGACAUCUCAUUCCAUGACCAUGUUCAGGGUGAUUUGAACAAUGGUGAUUGCUACACUGUUAAGAGAGCUGUCCAUGGCAUGACCCAGACAUCGGGAGCUGACCCUGAAACCUACUGCUGCUCCAUCUUUGGCCGUGCAUACACCUAUUACAAUGGUGGUCUUGGAGCUGAUGGAGUUGAGACUGGAUUUGAUGAAGACAUCUACUAUAAUGUCACAGUGUCUGUGGUUGAAGACUGUGGCAACAGGGAUCUCCCCACCGAGUGUCUUGUUGAAGUUGAAGGAUAUGGUUCAUGUGGCUGUAGCUAUGAUGACAGCAGCGAGAGUGUACAGCUUGAUGGUGACUGCAACAGCCUUGGGGUCUUUGUACAUGGACGCCCAGAAGUGUCUCUCACCACCAACCUCAAUGAUGAUGAUGAAUUCUUUGGGCUCGGCUAUGACCCAGAUAGAUGCAUGCAUCCAGCAUUGAAUGUUGUCAGUGAUGCUCCAUCUUAUGUGCCUGUCAGUGACUAUCCAUCCCUGGUGCCUGCCAGUGAUGCUCCGUCUUUUGUUGCUGUCAGUGACCAUCCAUCCCCUGUGCCGCUCAGUGAUGCUCCAUCUCUGGUUGGAACAUUCUUGCUACCAUACAGUGAUGUUCCAUCCUUGAUUCCUAUGAGCCAUGCUCCCUCCAGCAUUGAGCGAUCAGUAUCAGUUCCUGGUAUCUUGGAGUUCAGCUUUUAUGAUGGCACAGUUGAUACAGUCCCUGAUUUUGAAGAAGUUGCAGCAAUCUUGGAACAGGUUGAACUAUUCUACACCAGUGUACUCCAGGGAGCAUUCCCUGCUGUAAUUGAUUCAAUUGAGGCGCUUUUCAGUUCCCCUUCAAGGCGUGAUUUAAUGUCUGUUGACUAUUCUCUCCACUUUGAUCUCCUUGUUUCAUUUUUUGGUGAAUCUGCAGUUCCAACAGAAGAAGAAAUGGUUGCGGUGAUGAAAAAUGUGAACUACGAAGAUUUUGUUCAAUCCUAUGCCUGGAAUACUGAGGUUCAUGGAAGCAGCACCAUUUUCCUCAACACUGAAGAAGUUGCAUUUGUUGACGUUCUCAGCAGUUUGACCCCCUCCCACAUCAUCCCACUCAUCAGUGAGGCACCCUCAUACACCGUCCCACCAAUCAGUGAAGCACCCUCCGGCUUUGAUGAGCAGGGAAUAUGUGAUUUCCCACCAGAGCUGCCGAUUUGGGGUCUGAUCCAGCCUGCAACACCAGACCCUCUUGCCUAUAUGAACUUGUACCAUGGGGACCCGAGCCAGGGUGAAUGCUACAGUGUGAAGGCUGUGGAAACCUGGAAUAAGAUGGCAACCGAUGAUGAGUUCUACUGCUGCACCAACAGUGGUAUGGUUUUCUCAUACUACAAUGGCGGAACAGACAUCUAUGGAGUGGACUCUGGGUAUGAGAUGGAGUCUUAUGAUACUGUUGAGGUUGUUGUGACCCAAGACUGUGGACAAAGAGGCCUUCCCCCAACCUGCAUUAUCAAUGUGGAGAAUGUGGGUGAAUGUAGCUCCUGUUUGGUUGAUGAGUCAAGUGGCGAAGUCAUCAUGGAAGAUUGCAGCAAUCUGGGUGCUGUCUUCCCGCCUGGCCCCCUUUCGAUUGCCUGGUAUGGAUUCACUGAACCGGGUGAUGACCCAAGCAAUAACUUUUUCCCCUUGACCUACGAUGAAGACCACUGCAACCACCCAGUAUUUUCUGGUGCUGGACCAAGUGAUGCCCCCUCUGUUGAAUUCUCAGAUGCCCCCAGUGGAGUCAUCGAGUUUGGAGCAUGUGAGGCACCAGCAGACCAUUCCUUGUCAGCAGUUGGCAUCCCAGCUUCACCAGACAUCUCAUUCCAUGACCAUGUUCAGGGUGAUUUGAACAAUGGUGAUUGCUACACUGUUAAGAGAGCUGUCCAUGGCAUGACCCAGACAUCGGGAGCUGACCCUGAAACCUACUGCUGCUCCAUCUUUGGCCGUGCAUACACCUAUUACAAUGGUGGUCUUGGAGCUGAUGGAGUUGAGACUGGAUUUGAUGAAGACAUCUACUAUAAUGUCACAGUGUCUGUGGUUGAAGACUGUGGCAACAGGGAUCUCCCCACCGAGUGUCUUGUUGAAGUUGAAGGAUAUGGUUCAUGUGGCUGUAGCUAUGAUGACAGCAGCGAGAGUGUACAGCUUGAUGGUGACUGCAACAGCCUUGGGGUCUUUGUUCAUGGACACCCAGAAGUGUCUCUCACCACCAACCUCAAUGAUGAUGAUGAAUUCUUUGGGCUCGGCUAUGACCCAGAUAGAUGCAUGCAUCCAGCAUUGAAUGUUGUCAGUGAUGCUCCAUCUUAUGUGCCUGUCAGUGACUAUCCAUCCCUGGUGCCUGCCAGUGAUUCUCCCCACAGUUCUUACACCAACGCGCCUUCCUCAGUCCCCUUGAGUGAAUCUCCACACAUCUCUUUCAGCUCAUCACCCCUCAGUUCUGUAACCAAUACUCCGUCCUCAGUCCCCUUGAGCGGAUCUCCUAUCAUUUCCGUCUCAGGCUCUCCCCACAGUUCUUACACCAACGCGCCUUCCUCGGUCCCCUUGAGUGAAUCUCCACACAGCUCUUUCAGUGCAUCACCCCUCAGUUCUGUAACGGAUACUCCGUCCUCAGUCCCCUUGAGUGGUUCACCCAUCAGCUCUUUCAGUGCAUCCCCCCAAAGCUCUUCCACCAACGCUCCUUCCUCAGUCCCCUUGAGUGAAUCUCCUAUCAGUUCCGUCUCAGCCUCUCCCCAAAGUUCUUCCACUAAUGCUCCUUCCUCAGUUCCCCUGAGUGGAUCUCCUGUCAGUGCCGUCACUGGUUCUCCUUCUGCUGUUUCAAGAAGCUUUAGCGUCACCGAUGAACCCACCACUGCACCACCUACAGAAACGACGGUUCCUACUCCUACUCCCAUGCCAUCCACGUUGACGUGCUACGAUGUCUUUUCCAAUGGCGCUGUUUCGGAAGGCAAGUGUCACGCCACGGACAUUUACUAUUGCAUUGAAUCCUGGGAGGAUGGGUGCACUGCCACCACGGCUUACUACGACUAUUACAACCAGGCCGGUGCCGAAAAGACUUCAUACCAUUAUAUUUCCGUCUUCUCGGCAACGGGUUGCGACCCAGUUGCGAAUCCGGGUCAACCUUCGAAUGACUGUUCGAUUGAUUCCUUUGAUGCUUCCGUGCACACUUGCAACUCCUGCGUGAGCUCUGGCGAUACGAUUACCAUGACGGACUGUUCGAACGUUGCCGAUACGUUUGAUCCUUCCGCGGAUCAGGUAAUUUCUUUUGCGCAGGACGAGUUCUUUGAUGUGAUCCAGACCGAUGCGAUGUGCAGUCAUUCCUCGGUGACUUCAUCGUCCGACGCUGGUUCGUAUGCUUCGUAUGGCACGGAAGACGAGGCAUCGGAUGUGACGUUGCCGUUGGAAGUGACGCUUCACUUUACGUUUUUCGAAGGCCACGGCGAGAAUCCCGACGACCAAUCGAUUCAGUUGUUGGUAGUGAACACAAUCAAUUUUUUCACGACCAUCUUGUUGGCUGACGAUGCGUUCAAGGACGAGUUGAAAGAUAUUGUGAUGUUGAGCAUCGACCCAGUGUAUUCGUCCGCAAGUCCGGAUGAAUUUACCAUCACCGUGACAGCGGACAUUGUGGUGCGAGGUACUCAAGCGUCGAAUGCUUCUACGGAAGCGGCCGCGACUGCGCUUGGCAACGCCAAUAUGACCUCGUACCUCCGUCAUUAUGUGCGCCACAACCCCACGAACCAACGCAAUCAGUUCUAUGAGGCGAGGAAGAUCCAAUUCAAGGCAUUUGGACACAAAAAGGAGGUUACCGGCACCCAAGUGAGGUAA